AUGCAGAGUCCCUCGGCGAGCCUGACUGGAGCUGCCUACGGAAGCACACCUGUGUUUACAAAGGGUCUACAAAACAUAAGAGCUACAAGGGGUCAAUUAGUGGUAUUUGAGUGUCGCAUUCGCGCUACACCCACCUUACAGGUUCACUGGUACAGGGAAUAUGAUCCAAUAAUCGACUCUGCUGAUUUCCGAAUACUACGAAAAAAGGCUUGUUCGUCAGCUGUUCCUGAGGAAGUCUGCACCCUGGUUAUUACAGAAGCUUUUCCGGAAGACUCUGGAAUAUUUAAAUGUGUUGCUGAAAAUGAAUUUGGAUCUGUGGCAUCCAGUGCACGUCUCUCUGUUUCCCCAGGAGCAAAAGAGCUGGAAAGCUUUGCGGGUGCUGCCCACAGGCCAGCUGUGCAAGUCACCAUGAAGAAAUCCACCUUCCCCAGGAACAGCCAAACAGGAGCCAAGGACCGUGACACGUCCUACAGCACAGAGACCCCAGGGCUGGGCAGACGAGCAGAAGCUACAAACUUCGGCCAGAUCAACUCCAAGAGCGAAGCUGAAGAUUUUCAUGGAGCUUAUGAGAAUUCACCUCAGGCUUCACCUCUGAGGUAG